CUUCGGGCGUCCAGUGCUUCCAGACACGCAGGCAGGUGCUCCCGACCGACCUUCAGAGCCACUUCUUUAUUGUACGCCGCGCGGAGUGGAAGGGACCCGGCAUGGCGACGCUCCACCUCCCCUAUGCACUUCCGCAUAUGAACUGACGAGACCAAAGCUGCAGGAAAAUGGACAGCGAGGUGCAGCGAGAUGGAAGGAUCUUGGAUUUGAUUGAUGAUGCUUGGCGGGAAGACAAGCUGCCAUACGAGGAUGUCGCGAUCCCACUGAGUGAGCUUCCAGAGCCUGAGCAGGACAACGGCGGCACCACAGAGUCUGUGAAAGAGCAGGAGAUGAAGUGGACGGACUUGGCCUUGCAGUGUCUCCAUGAGAACGUCCCACCUGCUGGAAACUGACGCUGGGUUUCUUUCUCUUGGUAGAGUUUUCAAAAAUAUGUAGGUAAAACAUGUUUCUUCUGUCUCCAAAUUCAGAUCUUUGAGUAAUAAAUCAACUCUCAAAAACAUACACCCACUUGAUGUUUUAGGAACAAAACACAGUGUAAAACAUGUUUCUUCUGUCUCCAAAUUCAGAUCUUUGAGUAAUAAAUCAACUCUCAAAAACA